GGAGGAUACUACUCCGAGCCAAAAACAAAAAACACAGCUGCAAGCUUGCAACUCCAAUCAUACACCGUAGUUGCCAAUCCAAUCAUAUGAAUAUUCCGGCGAGAUUCUCUCUGUUCUUCAUAAUCCUCUCCGUCUCCGGCCCCGGUGGAAUUUCUGCUCACAGAGAUGGAGAAAAAGAUUCCACCGUGAAGACCAUGGAGGACUUCUCCGGGUACCCAAUCCACGAGCCCAAUUAUCCCAACUCAGUUUCUUCUUUAUCAGUGGACACUCACUCUCUGCAGAAACAGAUUCACCAGAACCUUCAGUAACUAGGGUCUUGUACAGCGCGAACGAUGUAUUGGCUAGGAGGUAUGUGAAGAGCUUGAUGAGUCUUUCUGGUCUCUCUGUAAGAGAGGAUGCAGUAGGUAACAUCUUUGGUCGGUGGAAUGGCUAUGAACCGGAGCUGGCUCCAGUUGCAACAGGAUCGCAUAUUGAUGCCAUACCAUACUCUGGAAAAUAUGAUGGUGUGGUUGGUGUCUUAGGUGCAAUUGAGGCAUUUAAUGCGCUGAACAGGCAAAAACCCUCCAAAUUUUACACCACGGAAUACUUUUUUUUUUAAGAUUUGUUUGGAACUUCUAAACUUAAGACAGUUUAAUGUUUUUAUCCAGGGAAUAUGCUAAUUUUGUACGAGUAUCAGUUUAUACAUAGUUGAACUUGUUACAAUUUCUCAGAUCUGGCUUCAAGCCCAAAAGGUCACUGGAAGUGAUCAUGUUCACCUCAGAGGAGCCUACAAGGUUUGGGAUCAGCUGCUUGGGAAGCCGGUUAAUGGCUGGGAGCGUGGAGCUUGAAGGACUACUCAAGAAGACAGUGGAUGGUCAGAAUAUUUCAUUUUCUGAUGCUGCAGAGUCUGCUGGUUACGGAAAUGCUCUACACUUUUCCAAUGUUUUAUUAAAGAAAGGAAGCUAUUCCGCUUUUAUAGAACUGCACAUAGAACAAGGUCCACUUCUAGAAGAGGAAGCUAUACCUAUUGGGAUUGUGACUGCCAUUGCUGCACCUGCAAGUAUCAAGGUUGACUUUGAAGGCAAUGGUGGCCAUGCCGGAGCUGUCCUUAUGCCAAAGAGGAAUGAUGCUGGACUGGCUGCGGCUGAGUUGGCAUUAGCGGUGGAGAAACAUGUAUUGGAAUCUGGAUCAAUGGACACAGUUGGCACUGUGGGUAUUCUGGAGCUGCAUCCAGGAGCAGUAAACAGCAUUCCAAGCAAAUCACACCUGGAUAUAGACACACGUGACAUCGACGAAAAGAGGAGAAACGAAGUUGUUGAGAAAAUACACGAGUCUGCCUUAAGCAUAGCCGAGAAGCGUAACGUAAAGCUGUCAGAGUUCAAGAUAGUGAACCAAGAUCCGCCCGCCCAAUCUGAUGAAUCAAUCACCAUGGCAACCGAAUCAGCAUGCCGCCACCUUAAUUUGAACUACAAGAAAAUGAUUAGCAGAGCCUAUCAUGAUUCCUUGUUCAUGGCCAGAGUAUCUCCAAUGGGCAUGAUAUUCAUUCCUUGCUAUAAAGGAUAUAGCCAUAAACCCGAGGAGUUUUCUGACAUUGAAGAUAUCGCAAAUGGCGUGAAGGUGUUAGCGUUGACCCUCGCAAAGUUGUCGUCGCUACAACCUUGAUGUGCCCUCGAACAAUAUUAUCAUAUGAGGUUUUGCUCAUAUCUGUGUAGAUUUAGUUCACUUUUUACAAAAAGUUCAAUUUAAGAGAUGACUUUGAAAUGUCAAAUAAGUCCUUCAAAUGAGUUUGUCACACCUUCAUAUCAUCGUUGUCCAACUAAUGUCGAGAAAAUGAAAAUAAGAAGAUUAACUAUAU